AUGGAUCCAUAUAAUGAUGGAUUGAUGCAUCCAAAUAUUCAUGGAACACCAUUGUUUAUGUUACAAUUACCAUCUGAUGCUUGGAAUAAGAUUGUUUCAUUAAGUAAAUCAGAUGCUCAUCUAACACGUGCUCAAUAUACACAAGAUGGAAAAACUCUUCAACAAUUACUUGAUAAUGAUCAUCAGAAUGUCGAUUAUCAAACAAUUGAUGUUGGUUAUUCUUAUAAAAGAUGUAAUCUUGUUUGUAAGUUUAUUAGAUUUAAUUGUUGA